AGCAAGCCAAAGUGCAGCUGCCAGGAGCUUGGAGUGAUUGGGAAGAGCUGGGAUCGAGAAAAUUCCUUGUUGAGGACGCCAAAGGUGUAAAAAUCGCAGAGAUGCUUGAAGCAGGUACCGUCACUAUAGACAAGCAAGAAGUGCUACAGAUAGCGGAUCGUCUGCAACAGAAACUCAAAGACAGGGGAGACUCUGCCCACCACGAGACGCUCUGUCUGUUACGGGAUACCUUGAAAAGCCCCCUGUUUAACCAGAUACUAACUGUGCAGCAGUCCAUCAAACACUUAAAGGAACAACUGAACCGCAUGCCAGCUGACCGCUCCGCAGAAUUCGAUUUCACGAAGACGGGUUUAUUAGUAUUUGAAGCGGAUCCUUCCGUGCGACUCAGCAACAAGAACAACUCUGCGUCCUUCGACAACUUUGUUUCGUCCAGAUUAGUCGGUCCUACCUUUAAAGGAGAUGAAUUUAGCCAAAAACUCCAACAGAUGGCAAAGGGCAGGAAAAUUGAAUAUAUUGAUAUAGAAAAGCCUUCCGUAGGAGGCUUGGGUUUCAGCGUCGUUGCCAUGAAGAAUCCCACCGCGGGAGACGCCGGGGUCUUCAUCAAAGAGGUCCAACCAGGAAGCAUAGCAGACAGGGAUGGACGGCUUAAAAAGGGUGACCAGAUCCUGGCCAUUAACUAUACUCCAUUGGACAUGAACGUGUCCCACCAGGAAGCGAUCACUUUGCUUCAGCAGUCAUCAGGUUCCAUCUAUCUAGUGAUGGCGAAGCAACCUCUUCCAAGCGAGGUCGAAACACAAGUCCAUCACAUGGAGCAGUCUGUCUGCUGGGGCCACGUGGAAGAGAUUGAACUCGUUAACGACGGUUCCGGGUUAGGAUUUGGAAUCGUUGGUGGAAAAGCCAGUGGUGUGAUUGUGAGGACGAUUCUGCCUGGGGGAUUAGCCGAUCGGGAUGGCAGAUUACGGACAGGAGACCACAUCUUGCAGAUCGGGGACACCGACGUCCAGGGAAUGUCCAGUGAUCAAGUUGCUCAGGUCUUGAGGAACUGUGGGAAUUCAGUUCGGAUGGUUGUAGCCAGAGAUCCCGUCGGGAAAACCACGGUGAAGCCCCCUGCACCCGCCACCUUGCCGGUGGGCUCUCUGCCUCCGCGGGAGACGCAAAGCGGCCACAUUGAAAACCUUGAUCAUGACACCUAUGACAUCACUCUCACCAAGAACGAAGGUCAAAGCUUAGGGAUAACGGUGGUUGGUCUUACAGAAGCUGCUAAAGGAGGCUCGUCUGGAAUUUUCGUGAAGAGUAUUAUACCGGGCAGCGCCGCCGAGCACAGUAGGUGCAUCCAGGUUCGCGACCGGAUAGUGGCUGUCGAUGGCGUCAACAUCCAGGGCUUCUCCAAUCAAGACGUCGUCACGGCGUUGAGAAAUACCGGUCAAACCGUCCGUCUCACGUUGUCGCGCAACAAAAUUCCCAUUGAUUCCUUCCCCCAAGAAAGAUCCCUCGCCGCCGAAUUUGUGUCGGGAUUACCGCCGCCACCGCUGCCCCCCGUGCCCCCGAUAGCUGAAAUGAAGAAGAUUCCGGGAGAGCCGGCGUCUCCGGGAAUUCAGGAGCUUGUGGAUAAUUACCGGAAUGAACUGAGAACAGCUCCGGUUUCCCCUGAAUUUGAAGCAUUGAAAGCCAAGUGGGAGAAAAGUCUGGGACCGGAUUAUCUUGUCAUGGUCGUUGAUUUAGAUGCCAAGAUCGAAGACGACGCGGAACUUCAGAAAUACUCCAAGCUGCUACCUAUCCACACCAUGAGGCUGGGAGUGGAGCUCGACUCGUUUGAUGGCCAUCACUAUAUUUCCACCAUCGCCCCAGAAGGUCCAGUAGCAAAACUCGGGAUUUUGCAACCAGAAGAUGAACUCUUAGAGGUGAACCGGGUACAGCUUUAUGGAAAAUCCCGGCGCGAGGCUGUCUCGUUCCUCAAAGAAGUCCCUCCGCCCUUCACGUUAGUCUGUUGCCGGCGUCUGGUUGAUGACGAAAACGGAUCGUUUGCCGAGGAUCCAAACGUGCUUGACGUUGAAGAUGAGAAGCGUGAAGACGACAGGGUUCAGGUCUCCAAGACGAGAAGCGACACGGACUAUGAGAAGGUGACACCGGCUGUAGACUUGGCCACCGAUGAAGAUGACGGAGAGCUGGCCAUGUGGUCAUCAGAAGUGAAAGUGGUGGAACUUGAGAAGGACGGCAGGGGGCUAGGAUUUAGCAUAUUGGACUACCAGGAUCCUUUAGACCCUGCGCAGACCGUCAUCGUUAUCCAGUCUCUGGUAUCCGGUGGGGUGGCCGAGGAGAGCGGCCAGAUCUUACCCGGCGACCGAUUGGUCUUCGUUAACGACCAUUACAUGGACAACGUCACGCUGGACGACGCGGUGGAGAUCCUAACAUCCGCUCCCCGCGGGAACACUCACCUGGGCAUCUGCAAGCCACUGGUGACUGAAUUCAAAGAAGAAACUGGAAUGUUUAUUGAAAAUGAACCAGAAGAGUCCCCAGAGCUGAUUAAUACAGAUUCCAGAGCAGAAAGUUAUGUUUUCCAUGUAAGGCCCAAGAUUCUUAUUUUAAAAAAAAAAUUAGCUUACUUCCCUUCUCAGCCAAAAUAUGAAGCGUUGGUUCAAGAGGAGCAAGAGGAGCCGGUCGAUGAACCGUCGUUGGCGAUGGGAAGAGUUUUUAAUACAUCACGCGAUGACCGCGAACCUGUACGGGACUCGUGGGAAAUGCAUGAGCUGGAGGGGUUUGUUGAAGAGCGAGAGAUGCUUGUGGAUGAGGUUUAUCCAGAACAGGAAGGUUCCCGGCCACACGAUGAUGAUUCCAUUCUGCGUUACGGAGGAAUUCUGCCUUCGCUGAGACAGGAGCCUGGCUACGAUCGGCCGUGGGAGGAGGAAGCCUUUGCGGAAGACCGGGACACAGGAGGGCAAUUCUCCGAUCACAUUGUACGGGAGAAUAACAGGUGGGAUGAGGAGCGUUUGAACCUGAACACUGCAACGGAGGAGGCUCAACGCGAAGGUCGCGUUAGGAACCUCAAAGAACCUGAAAUCGUUUUUGAUCCAGACAGUAUAGCGUUACAAGCCGGCAUUGCGAAGGAGAAGAGUCAUCCCACGGCCGCGAGACAAGAAAUGCCGCGUACCCAGAUCUGGUCAUCCAGAUAUUCCAGCGCUAACACGAGCGAAUUACCGGAGAGAGAGGAGGGCGAGGGCGAGGAGACGCCAACGUUCAGCCACUGGGGGGCGCCUCGCGCUGUUGAAAUUUGGAAAGAACCCAACGUUUCCCUGGGGAUCAGUAUCGUCGGGGGACAGACCAUCAUAACCCGGCUGAAGAACGGGGAAGAGCUCAAGGGGAUAUUUAUCAAACAAGUUUUGGAGGGCAGCCCUGCCGGGAGAGCAAAUGCUUUGAAAACUGGAGAUAAAAUAUUAGAGGUCUCGGGUGUUGAUUUGAGGAGCGCGACUCACGACGAAGCUGUCGAAGCGAUAAAAAAUUCCGGAAAUCCGGUGGUUUUUGUCAUUCAGAGUUUAUCGAACACCCCGAGGUUAAUUUCCACGGGACAGCCAAAGGUAUUGAAACGCAGCAACGCGAGCCAGGACGUACCUGAAAAGAGCCCCUCUCCAGUACCUGUUACCGGAGGACCUCCACCUCCCAUGAAACUCCCUCCACCUUACAAAGAGCGCGCCGGUUCUCCGACAUCGGAACCCGAUGCAGAAGCAGACGACAGUGACGAGAGGAUCCGGCAGCGGUACGCCGAGCUCCCCGGCGAGCUGCUUAUCGUUGAACUGGAGAAGGAUCGGAACGGACUGGGACUGAGUCUGGCGGGGAACAAAGACCGCUCUACCAUGAGUAUCUUUGUGGUGGCCGUUAACCCGGAGGGACCCGCCGGAAGAGAUGGCCGCAUUCUCGUAGGAGAUGAGCUCCUAGAGCUGAACAACCAAGUCCUGUUUGGAAAAAGCCACCAAAACGCGUCGGCGAUCAUCAAAGCGGCCCCCUCGAGGAUGAAACUGGUGCUUAUAAGGAAUAAAGAUGCCGUUCUGCAGAUGGCCAUUAAUCCGCCACCGUUACCGGCCGGCCCCCCGUUAUAUGAUCAGGAGACGGCCGGACCGGAAAUUUCCAACAGAGGAGAAGACGCCGGCAUCGAGGAUCUCAUAACAGAGGCUGAGGAAACUAAAAUCAGAUUUAGGAAGCAGGUGCUGGACCCUGCCGAAAAUAACGUGCUGGACCAGAUUGUGAGCCAGCUGAAGCAAUCCACAGUGAGCAGUAAUGUCCCGUUCCUGCCCCAGGACGUACACCGGGCACCGGCUCCUUCAUACGCAGCAGCGGAACCCGAGAUAGUCAGCCAGAGGAACGUCUCCUUCGAUCCCGCGACGUGUCCCGUCAUUCCGGGCCAAGAAAUGACUAUUGAGAUCUCCAAGGGCCGCUCGGGCCUCGGGCUCAGUAUCGUGGGUGGAAAAGACACGCCGCUUGAAGCCAUCGUGAUCCAUGAAGUGUAUGAAGAAGGAGCUGCAGCCCGGGAUGGGAGGCUCUGGGCCGGGGAUCAGAUCCUUGAGGUUAACGGCGUUGAUUUAAGAAGUGCGUCUCACGAGGAAGCCAUCACUGCGCUCCGGCAGACUCCGCAGAAGGUCCAGCUGGUGGUGUACAGAGAUGAGGGGCAGUACAAAGACGAGGAGAACCUGGAGACCUUCCACGUGGAACUUCAGAAGAAAGCCGGCCGGGGUCUGGGACUGAGCAUUGUUGGUAAAAGGAACGGCAGCGGAGUUUUCAUCUCCGACAUCGUGAAAGGAGGAGCCGCGGACUACGACGGGAGAUUAAUGCAGGGGGACCAGAUCCUCUCGGUCAAUGGGGAGGACGUGCGGAUCGCCUCGCAGGAAGUCGUCGCCGCCAUUUUAAAGUGUGCGCAAGGACUCGUGCAUCUGGAGAUUGGAAGACUGCGCGUCGGGUCUUGGCCGUCAUCCAGAAAAUCCUACGAAGGCAGUCAGGUCAGUCGGCAGAGAUCUCCAUCUCCUGGGCGGCCAUCGCUCGCUCCAGCCGUUUCCACUCUACAAAAUUUUGUUAGCUCCAUGAAAUCCUCCCCAGACUCUUCUCAAAGAAAUUCAGGAACCGAAAUGGAACCCAGGAUUGUGGAGAUAAACAGGGGGCCAAAUGACGCCCUUGGGAUCAGCAUAGCUGGAGGGAAGGGCAGUCCGCUGGGGGACGUUCCUGUCUUUAUCGCUAUGAUACAAGCGAGCGGAGUGGCAGCGCGCAGCAACAAACUAAAAGUCGGGGAUCGCAUUGUCAGUAUCAACCAGCAGCCGCUGGACGGGCUUUCUCAUUCGAACGUCGUCAAUAUAUUGAAGAACGCGUACGGCUCGAUAAUCCUGCAGGUCGUAGCCGACACCAAUAUCAGCGCCAUCGCCAGCCAGCUGGAGAGUAUGUCCCCGGGUCAAAGUGUGACCUCCGAUCAACACUCAGAAGAAGGAGAAUCCCCCGUCCCCAAAGUUAUCCAUUUGGAGAAAGGUGCAGAGGGGCUUGGGUUCAGCAUUGUGGGGGGCUACGGAAGCCCCCACGGAGACCUGCCAAUUUAUGUCAAGACAAUAUUUUCAAAGGGAGCGGCUGCCGCAGACGGGAGGCUGAGACGCGGAGACCAGAUUUUAUCUGUGAACGGCGAGAGCCUGGAGGGCGUCACUCACGAUGAAGCGGUGGCCAUCCUAAAACGCCAGAGAGGGGCCGUAACGCUCCACGUGCUGUCGUAACGCCCAGAUUUACCGGCGGUGCCCCGGC